UGGAACGUUCAAUGACAAACUCAACUACCAGGAUGAGAACCGGUGUUUCUAAAAUGCAGUUUCUGCCUUAAGAAAUAAACAACAGUUGCUGAUUGAGUAGAGAACAUGUUAGUUAAGUAAAUGUCAGGACACAUACAGAUUCAAAAGAGGUCAAGGAAUCCAGAGGUCAAGCCGUAAUAUGUCACAGGUACUCAACAUCGGCAGGAGGAUUCCAAUUUCAGUGUGUAGCAGAAAUUUGCCCAGUUAUCAGAAUACAUUAUGUCAACAAAUGACAUCAUGUAGAAAAUUAGCGAAACAAACAUUGUCAACAUUAAGGAUACCUGUAUUUGCACAAUUGACUAACCAGCAGUCAUUAUUGAAGACAUCGACACUUGUGUCCAGUCGUACGUAUGUGAGACUUUUCAGUGCAACAGAGCAAAAUGUAUGGAGCUCGGAAAAUUGUGAUACCUCGGAGGAUUUCAGCCAAGAUGCUUGGGAACAGCCUUUGGAAAUGCCAGAGACAGAAAUUGAUUGGGAAUACAUCUGUGAAGGGAACAGGGAGAAUAUCGUUACCAACAUAACUAACAGGAAAGGUGUCGGCGAUAUCGACAGAGUGUUGGAUCUGAAAUCGGAGUUUGAAGCAACAGGAAAUGAAGAAACGAGAUUGGAACUGUUAAAAGCUGCCAAAGAAAUCCCUAACGGAACCAGUCCUCAUUCGCCAAUAGGUGACGAAUCCAAUGCAAAGCUGGUCGGUACCUUUGGAGAAAAAACUGAAUUCAAGGACUUCAAACCUCAGAAGACUUCAAAAUUGGGUGAAAACCUUAAUUUGCUCCGAUUAAAUAACCUUGGCAUCACUACUGGUGCACGGUCGUAUUACUUCGUCUCCGAUUUAGCAGACUUAGAGCAUGCCCUCAUACGACUCGCCAUCAACAAGCUGAUUGCUAGAGGAUUCGAACUUGUGACCGUUCCAGAAAUUAUCAAUCCAGCUAUUAUUGAAGCAUGUGGCUUUCAUACAAAAGGGGAGGUAACUCAGGUCUAUACACUAGAUGAAAAAUUCCACGGAGAACAGUGUCUUAUAGGCACAGCAGAAAUGCCACUAGCAGCUUUUUUCCUGAAUGAAGUUUUGGAGGAAACAGAACUUCCCAGAAGGCUGUGUUCGGUGAGCAGAUGUUACAGAGCCGAGGCGGCUGGCAGAGAAGAGAAGCAGGGCAUCUACAGGGUACACCAGUUUACAAAGGUGGAGAUGUUUGGGGUGACAAGUACAGAUUCAGAGGCUGACAAUCUUCUGCUGGAGUAUCUCGAUAUAGAGAAAGAAAUGUUCUUGGAACUGGGCCUACAUUUCAGAAUCUUGGAAAUGCCAACUCAUGAACUUGGUGCUCCAGCGUACCGAAAGUUUGAUAUUGAGGCUUGGAUGCCAGCCAUGAACUUCUGGGGUGAGAUCUCCAGUGCCUCAAAUUGUACAGAUUAUCAAAGUAGGCGACUCAACGUUAGAUACAGGACCAGCACAGGAACAACCAGACACAUCCACACAGUGAAUGGAACAGCAUGUGCAGUACCCAGAAUGGUGAUGGCCAUUUUUGAGAAUUUUCAGAAUGAGGAUGGUACGAUAAACAUUCCCGAGGUUCUACAACCUUACAUGGGACGGCAAGAAGUGCUGACUAGGUCUGACGCCAUGCCCGAUAUUCAGUGGAUCAAACAUGCCAAAAUUAACUGGGAAUCAGAUUGAAUAAAAAAUUAUCGACAUUUCCCCCAAUCAGAAAUCUUGACAAUUUGGAAUUGAGUUUAAUGAUUGAUUAAUGCUCUUAGCACAGGGAAAAUGUACAAAACUAGAGAAAAGGCAGUAUGAUGAGGUCUUGAUACAGAUAAUGAGAUAAUUGACCCAAUACAAGGACUGUCCUUCAACGACACCUGGUCUGUUAAAAACGUACUGUGGAAUGACAAUGUGAUAUAACCGGUACAGCCAGAUUGUUCAAGGACAGAGUGCCCAUAAUUGUUCAAAGACAGAGUGCUCAUAAUUGUUCAAGGACAGAGUGCUCAUAAUUGUUCAAGGACAGAGUGCCCAUAAUUGUUCAAGGACAGAGUGCCUAUAAUUGUUCAAGGACAGAGUGCUCAUAAUUGUUCAAGGACAGAGUGCUCAUAAUUGUUCAAGGACAGAGUGCCUAUAAUUAUUCA